UAGUUGUUCAUAUUGGCCGAAACCAGGUGCGCAUGAAGGUACUUGCUUGCGGUAAUCCAGGAAUUUUGAAAAGUCAAUAAUGACCCUAAUUCAUUUUGUUCUCAUGCGGGUAACUACACCAAACCAGUUGGAGAAAGCAUCUGGUUUUGACUCUUACUAGCGGCUAAUUUUAUCCCCUUGUCAUAUUAUAUAAGAAACCACCAUCAAAUCUCUUCUUCUUUCAUCGGUAAACUUUUACAACACACAAUUCAAAAGUUACAAGAGUGUCUCUGAAUUUCUUUCCAAUCAAAAGAUGAGUUCAACGAGUAAAGCAUGGUUAGUGGCUGCAAGCAUCGGAGCCGUGGAAGCGUCCAAGGACCAACUAGGCAUGUGCCGGUGGAACUACUUGAUCCGGUCGGUGAAUCAACGUAUCCGUAACAACAUGAGAUCCGCUUCUCAGGCAAACAGCUUCUCUUCGUCAACCGCGGUUGCUUGCCGUAAGGAUGAUGACAAGGCGAAGCAAACUGAGGAGUCACUUAGAACGGUUAUGUACUUGAGCUGUUGGGGUCCUAACUAAAUGGAUACAUGGAUGAUUGAGGCUUAACUAAUUGUUUUUGGUAUGCAUUGUAUAUGAUAGAUUCGUCGUAUACUAAAUGCAAAAAAAUGAUACUAUGUACAUAAUGUAAAAAUAGAUAAUGAAAUUUUGGGAUGCAAUAAAAUCUUAUGAUGAUGAUGUAAAAGUACCAAAACCAACCACAAGCUUCAGUAUUUGUUUUGUGAUGAGUGAUUGAAUAAAAUGUGGUAAUAACAUGAUCAGACAAACUAAUAACACUUUUUAUUUUGAAA